ACUGAAGUCGGAUCUGUGAGCGGAAACGGAAACUGCGGCGGCUCCUACGACGCUUCGCGCGUUUGUCCAAGCUGUUGGCGCCAACGACACAACUCACAAACUACUGUCAGCGGCAGAAGUGUAGACUUGACUUUUCAGCGUAUAUUUCAGUAAAUUUGGCUUUUUUUUUUGUCGCCAAACCAUCUCACAGACAUGACGCAGCUCACAGAAGGUGCCAUUGAGGCUCUAUCAAAUGGCACCGGUUGUAACGACGCAGUGCUGCAGCUGGUGAAUAUCCGCAAGAUUGAGGGGGGAAAUGGUUCCCCUCGCUUUCGGGUGAUGAUGAGUGAUGGAAAGCACACUCUGUCCUCCUUCAUGCUCUCAACUCAGCUGAACUACAUGGCUGAGGAGAACAUACUGGCCCCGAACUGCAUCUGUGUUCUGAAGAGGCAUGUGACUAAUAUACUGAAGGAUGGACGACGCGUGGUAAUUAUUUUGGAAAUUGCUGUCAUCGAGCCUGCCGGAGAGGUUGCUGGAAAAUUAGGCGACCCUGUCCCUUACACCGAGGGUCAGAGCAAAGGCUCGCAGUCGGCGCCAGCCCCUGAAGUCCGCCCGCCACUGCAGCCACAAAAUAGAAAUGAAGCAGUGAACAGAGGUUUCAGUAAAGACUUUGGGAAGAAGGCCCCAUCUGCCAUGCCCAGUACUCCAGGGGGCAGCUCCAAAGUUGUGCCCAUUGCCAGCCUCAACCCCUACCAGUCCAAGUGGACCAUCCGCGCCCGUGUAACCAACAAGAGCAGCAUCCGUACAUGGAGCAACUCCCGUGGUGAUGGUAAACUCUUCUCCAUGGAAAUUGUGGAUGAGAGUGGAGAGAUACGAGUGACUGGUUUCAACCAAGAGGUGGACAAGUUCUUCAGCCUUAUUGAGGUUGGCAAGGUCUACUAUGUCUCCAAGGCCUCACUGAAGAUCGCCAACAAGCAGUACACAUCAGUGAAGAAUGACUAUGAGAUGACGCUUAACGGAGAGUCCACCGUCAUCCCCUGUGAGGACAGCUGUGAUGUUCCCAUGGUGAAGUGUGACUUUGUCUCUAUCAGUGACCUAGAGAACAGAGACAAAGAUGCCAUUGUUGAUGUGAUUGGAGUUUGUAAGGGUGUGGAAGAAAUUACCCGCCUCACCACCAAGACCAACAGAGAAGUGUCCAAGAGGACGCUCAAUUUGAUGGACAUGUCUGGGAAGGUGGUGACUGUCACGCUGUGGGGAGAGGAAGCAGAAAAGUUUGAUGGCUCCGGACAACCCAUUGUAGCCAUUAAGGGGGCGAAGCUUUCAGACUUUGGAGGCCGGUCCCUCUCUGCAUCCUUCAGCAGCACCCUGAUGAUCAACCCAGACAUCCCUGAGGCGUAUAAACUCAGAGGCUGUGCUUCUAUGCCCCACCUGUUUAAGAACGACUGUUUUAAACAAAGACAUCAUGUGUGCAGAAGAGGGGUUGGCCCAUGUGGGUUCUCUUUGGACAAUGGGAUCCUGCAGGUUCGCAGGCAUCCACUAAUGAACAGUUUAAAAGUCACAGAUGGAAGGAGGCCAAACCUGACUCGUUACUCUCGAUCCAUGUCAAUCCAAGCAGACUACUACACUUGCAUAGCUACCAUAGUGUACCUGCGCAAGGAAAACUGCCUAUACCAGGCCUGUCCCAGCCAAGACUGCAACAAAAAAGUCGUAGACCAACAGAAUGGCAUGUUCCGCUGUGAGAAGUGUGACAAAGAGUUCCCCAACUUCAAGUACCGCCUCAUCCUUUCUGCCAACAUUGCAGAUUAUGCGGACAACCAGUGGGUGACUUGCUUCCAGGAAAGUGCAGAGGCCAUCCUGGGCCAGAAUGCAGCUUACCUGGGGCAGCUCAAGGACUCGAACGAAGCCGCCUUUGAUGAGGUCUUCCAACAAGCCAACUUCAACACUUUUGUCUUCCGCAGCAGAGUGAAGCUGGAAACGUAUAACGAUGAAUCCAGGAUCAAGGCUACAGUGAUGGAUGUGAAGCCUGUUGAUCAUAAGGACUACAGCAAGAGGUUGAUCAUGAACAUAAGGAAACUGGCUGCCUAGUAGCAACUUGUGACACAAAGUAUUGUUUUUUGCUUGCCUUUGCAAGUUUCCCUUUGUUUCUGUACAGCCAAUAAACAGCUCUAAACCUAUGAAAA